ACAGCCGCGCCGCCAUUUUCAGCAGUCUCAGAGCGACUGACGGACGGAGUGACGGCGCACUCCAUCCUCCCUCUCUAUCCGCCUGGGACCUCGUUUUUUUCUCCUCCCCCCUGUCUCCCACUCCUCUCUCUGUCUGACGCACCGCUGUGUUCAGCCCACCCAGCACCGCCGCUGCUGCUGCUGCUGAGGCUGAGGCAGACUCCCUGAUACCUCGGCGGAUUCUCCAUGUAUGGACGCGCUGAGGGAAGUGAUGCUGUAGGUCACCGAAGGCAGAGACAAAAUACAGACAGCCGAAGGUAGUCGAGAAGGAGCCACCGGAGGAUCCCGACGCCUUUUUGAAUGGAUUCAUCCUGCGUGUUUUUGUCAAGUGGGAGUCGUUGAGGUGCCUGGAGUGUGUCUGUAGCCAAAACAGAUCUCAAGCGCUUCCAUUGACACACGCACACAAGCCCACCUGAGAGAUGGCGGGGGCUUCAGUCAAGGUGGCGGUGAGGGUCCGACCCUUUAACUCCAGGGAGAUUGGAAAGGAGAGCAAAUGCAUCAUCCAGAUGUCAGGAAACACUACGACGAUUCUGAACCCGAAACAGCCAAAAGAAAACAAGAGCUUCAACUUUGACUAUUCAUACUGGUCGCACACUACGCCCGAGGAUGUCAACUAUGCGUCUCAGAUGCAGGUGUACAAGGACAUCGGGGAGGAGAUGCUGCUCCACGCCUUCGAAGGCUACAACGUGUGCAUAUUUGCAUACGGACAGACAGGAGCAGGCAAGAGCUACACCAUGAUGGGGCGACAGGAAAAAGACCAGCAGGGGAUUAUACCUCUGCUGUGUGAGGACCUUUUCACUAAGAUUAACGACAUCAGUAAUGACAACAGCAUGUCUUACUCUGUGGAGGUAAGCUACAUGGAGAUUUACUGUGAGCGCGUGCGUGACCUGCUGAACCCCAAAAACAAAGGAAACCUGCGUGUGCGAGAGCACCCCCUGUUGGGACCUUACGUCGAAGAUCUUUCCAAAUUGGCAGUGACUUCAUACAAUGACAUUCAGGACCUGAUGGAUUCUGGAAACAAGGCCAGGACUGUGGCUGCCACCAACAUGAACGAGACCAGCAGUCGCUCCCAUGCUGUCUUCAACAUCAUCUUCACACAAAAGAAACAUGACAUGGAGUCAGAAAACACUUCAGAAAAGGUCAGCAAGAUAAGUCUGGUAGACUUGGCCGGCAGUGAGAGAGCUGAUUCAACUGGAGCUAAAGGAACGCGACUGAAGGAAGGAGCAAACAUAAACAAAUCUCUUACCACACUGGGAAAAGUCAUUUCUGCCUUAGCUGAAGUGGACUCAGCACCAAACAAGAACAAGAAGAAGAAGAAAGUAGAGAGUUUUAUUCCCUACAGAGAUUCAGUUCUGACCUGGCUCCUGAGGGAGAACUUAGGAGGAAACUCUCGCACGGCCAUGGUGGCGGCCCUCAGUCCUGCAGACAUUAACUACGACGAAACGCUAAGCACCCUUCGGUAUGCUGAUCGUGCCAAGCAGAUCCGCUGCAACGCUGUGAUCAACGAGGAUCCCAACAACCGCCUGGUGCGCGAGCUGAAAGAAGAGGUUGCUCGUCUGAAAGACCUGCUGUAUGCCCAGGGCCUGGGAGACAUCAUUGAGAACCUGUGCGAUUACAAGAACUUUGUGAACAAUCACCAGGCUGUCAAUCAAAGGGGUGAUCUCUCCACAGUGACCAAUGCCAUGACGGGAAUGAGUCCCUCCCCCUCUCUCUCCGCCCUGGCCAGCCGGGCCAGCUCCAUCAGCAACCUUCACGACCGCAUCUUCAGCCCAGCCAGUGAGGAAGCGAUCGAAAGGCUCAAGGAAACAGAGAAAAUCAUUGCAGAGCUUAAUGAGACAUGGGAAGAGAAGCUGCGUCGUACCGAGGCCAUCCGCAUGGAGAGAGAGGCUCUUCUCGCUGAGAUGGGUGUUGCUAUGAGAGAAGAUGGAGGCACUGUUGGUGUCUUUUCCCCCAAGAAGACGCCUCAUCUGGUGAAUCUCAACGAGGACCCGCUGAUGUCUGAGUGUCUGCUGUACUACAUCAAGGAUGGCAUUACUAAGGUUGGCCGCGAAAACGCCAAGACUCGACAAGACAUCGUUCUCAGUGGCCACUUCAUUGAAGAUGAGCACUGCACCUUCAGCAGCACCACCGGCCCGCAGGGAGAAGGGUGCGUCAUCCUUGAGCCGUGUGAGGGGGCUGAGACUUAUGUCAAUGGGAAGAGAGUGGCUUCGCCCACCGUUUUGCGAUCUGGGAACCGCAUCAUCAUGGGUAAGAGCCACGUGUUUCGCUUCAACGACCCGGAGCAGGCGCGUCUGGAGCGGGAGAGGACGCCGUGCGCGGAGACGCCGGUGGAGCCCGUGGACUGGGCCUUCGCUCAGAGGGAGCUCCUCGAGAAACAGGGCAUCGACAUGAAGCAGGAGAUGGAGCAGAGGCUUCAGGAGCUUGAGGACCAAUACCGCAAAGAAAGAGAAGAAGCCAGUAACCUGCUUGAGCAGCAAAGGCUGGACUAUGAGAGUAAACUGGAGGCCCUUCAGAAACAAGUAGACUCUCGGUACCUGGAGUCGCCCGAGGAGGAGGAGGAGCCUGAGGAGGAAGUGCCGUGGACGAAGCAUGAAACUGAGCUGGCGCUCUGGGCUUUCAGAAAGUGGCGGUUCUACCAGUUCACCUCCCUCAGGGAUCUGCUCUGGGGCAACGCCAUCUUCCUCAAAGAGGCAAAUGCGAUUAGUGUGGAGCUAAAGAAAAAGGUGCAGUUCCAGUUCGUUCUGCUGACAGACACUCUUUACUCUCCGCUGCCACCUGACCUGCUGCCCCCCAGUGUGGCUCAGGAGCGGGAGAGACGACCUUUCCCUCGUACGAUCGUAGCCGUCGAAGUGCAGGAUCAGAAGAACGGAGCCACCCAUUACUGGACUCUGGAAAAGCUCAGGCAGAGGCUGGACCUGAUGAGAGAGAUGUAUGACCGAGCUGCAGAGCUGCCCAGCAGCACAGUGGAGGACUGCGACCACGCCCUAACAGGAGGAGACCCCUUCUACGACCGCUUCCCUUGGUUCCGUCUGGUUGGCAGGGCUUUUGUGUACCUUAGCAACCUGCUGUAUCCGGUGCCUCUGGUGCAUCGCGUGGCCAUCGUCAGCGAGAAGGGAGAGGUCAAAGGCUUCCUCAGGGUGGCUGUGCAGGCCAUAUCAGCUGAUGAGGAGGCCCCCGAUUAUGGAUCUGGAGUGAGGCAGUCAGGCACUGCCAAGAUUUCCUUUGAAGACCACCAAUUCGAAAAGUUUCAGAGUGAGUCGUGCCCCGGUGGUUUGUCACACUCCAACACCUCCCAGGAGGAGCUGCGAAUUGUGGAGGGAGAAGGACAAAACGUGGAGAUAGGAAUCUCCGCAGAUGAAGUGAACAACAACACCUGUGCUGCCAGUCAGGAGAUUCCUUGCAGCCCUGUGAAGAGUUUAGGUCUGGGUCUGGACCUUCCACCGGAGCUGUCUCCAGAAAAAGCUCUGUCCCACUUGAAGGUUGGCAGCACCUUCACCUUCAGGGUCACCGUCCUUCAGGCCUCCAGCAUCUCGGCAGAAUACGCUGAUAUUUUCUGCCAGUUCAACUUUAUCCACCGUCACGAUGAAGCUUUUUCAACUGAGCCGCUUAAGAACACCGGCAGAGGGCCUCCACUCGGAUUCUACCACGUACAAAAUAUCACGGUGGAAGUGACCAAGUCCUUCCUGGAGUACAUUAAGACUCAGCCCAUCGUCUUUGAGGUGUUCGGACACUAUCAGAAACAGCCUUUCCCUCCGUUGUGCAAAGAUUUGAUCAGUCCUCUGAGACCCUCCAGGAGGCAGUUUCCACGGGUGAUGCCAUUAUCCAAACCAGUACCGGCCACCAAGCUCAGCACGCUGACUCGCUCCACUGCUGGACCUUGUCAUGCCAAAUAUGACCUCAUGGUUUUCUUUGAGAUCUGUGAGCUAGAAGCUAAUGGAGACUACAUUCCAGCUGUUGUGGACCACAGAGCCGGGAUGCCGUGCCAUGGGACCUUCCUCUUACAUCAGGGCAUACAGAGAAGGAUCAGAGUUACCAUUGCUCAUGAAACAGGAAACGAUAUCGAGUGGAAGGAGGUGAAGGAGCUGGUUAUUGGUCGGAUUCGAAACACACCAGAGGCUGACGAGACCAUCAUAGACCCAAACAUCCUUUCCCUCAACAUCCUCUCCUCUGGAUACUUCUGGCCAAAACAUGAUGACAACGUUUCAUUGGGAGUUGAUCAUAGAACCUUCUAUCGAUUUGAGGCGGCAUGGGACAGCUCCAUGCACAACUCUCUGCUUCUGAACAGGGUCACCCCAUAUGGGGAGAAGAUCUACAUCACUCUCUCAGCUUAUCUGGAGAUGGAGAACUGCACUCAGCCAACAGUUAUCACCAAAGAUUUCUGCGUAGUGUUUUACUCCCGUGACACGAAGCUGCCAGCCUCCCGAUCCAUCAGGAACUUCUUCAGCACCGGCUGCCUCAGGCCCUCAGAGAGUAAUCGUGUCACUGGAGUUUAUGAGGUCACCCUCUGCCAUGUUGCAGACAAUGGAAGUCCAGGCAUGCAGCGUCGUCGCAGGCGUGUGCUGGACACCUCGGUGGCGUACGUUCGAGGAGAGGAGAACCUGGCGGGAUGGAGACCCCGCAGCGACAGCCUCAUCCUGGAUCACCAGUGGGAGCUGGAGAAGCUCAGCUUACUGCAGGAGGUGGAGAAGACAAGGCAUUAUCUCCUGCUGAGGGAAAAGCUGGAGGCAACUUUGCAGGCAGGGCAGGACGCUCUUUACAAGAGCAGCGACAUUUGUGACUUUGCAAAGAGUCCCGUGUUCAGCACCAGCCCGAGCAGCAGCCCCACUCCUGACAGCCCCAACCAGAGGCAGAGGGAGCUGGCUGCUAAGUGUCUGCGCCUGCUGAUGCACACAUUCAACAGAGAGUACAGCCAGGUGAGCAGCAGUGCCAGUGAAAGCAAGACGAAGCAUCUGAUGCCACACCUUUCAGAAAUGUCCGUGUCACUCCUGAGGGACUCGUCCUCCCCUAGCCUGAGCACCCUUACUCCUUCCUCUACUUGCCCCUCAUUGGUGGAGGGUCAUUUUGACAUCCGGCUCACUGAGCCGAGCUCAGGAGCAUCGACACCAGACCUGGACCCGUACAGCCCAGUGGACAGAAAGAAAACUCUUAGAGGAUAUACCUUUGUUCCUGACAUACAGGAGAUUCGUGUCAGCCCCAUUGUGUCGAAGAAGGGCUAUCUGCAUUUCCUGGAGCCCCACAGCAGUGGCUGGGUGAGGCGUUUCGUGGUCGUGCGCCGGCCCUACGUCUACCUGUACCGCAGCGAGAGGGACAGCGUGGAGAGAGCUGUCAUCAACCUGUCCUCCGCUAAGGUGGAAUACAGCGAAGACAAACAGACAUUACUACGGACCCCUAACACAUUCGCUGUGUGCACCGAGCAUCGUGGGAUACUGCUGCAGGCCGCCAACGACAAAGAGAUGCAUGACUGGCUGUAUGCUUUUAACCCUCUGUUAGCCGGCACCAUAAGGUCAAAGCUCUCCAGGAGAAAGUCAGUCCAGUCGCUCCCGGCCGCUCAGCGGAUCUAAAAGGUGAACCAGCCUUGAGGAAAAGCCAACAAUCUCAAAGCUUAUCUCAGCAUCCUGCUCUAAUAAACACGAAACCUAUAUCAAAUGUUUCCAUAGACAUGACCAGCCCUGUCCCAACAAUAACUUGAUUGCUCGGUCAAAAAAAAACAACAAUCCUUGGUCUGUUUUUGCAGUCACCGCCUCCACCCUUGCAUGGUGUGCUCCCUUCUGACCUUUAGAAGAGUUUAUAAGGAAAACUAACCACGCAAAGCCCAUUAUUGACCUACUUCUGCUGGACGUUUGGGACUUGUUCUGAUUAGUUUUAACGUACUUGUAGGAAUAUGUUAUCUGUAAGACUACCAGUUUCCUGUAAAAAAAAAAAAAAAUACAUGGCCAGUUCCUCUUUUAUUAUUACUAAACAUAGGUCCCUGUAGUAAAGCAAAGCUUAACCACCUAUUGCAUCAGAAAAGGCAAAGGAAAACCAUCAGACUGAAUUCUUCUCUAUGUAGACCUGUGUACAGUGUGGGGGAUGAUGGCUUCAUAUACAUCAUACAUAUACUGUAAAAUACCUCAGUUUGGAUCCGCUUGAUGAAACAUGAAAUUCUGCAUCAAGGAAAAACUGCUGUUACUCACUAUUUUAGCUCAAAAGUAGCAUGAGAAAGGAUCUGUUAGGAUGAAGGGAUGUUCUUCCUGUGAGUAUAUUUAAGUAGUUUCAUGAAAACUGGAUUCAUUGGCUCAUUCACUGUAAGGAGAGAUAACCUUUGUCCUUGCCUUGCUUUUGGUAUGUGUUUUUUUUUUUAAGAUUCUCUUUGAGGAUGCUAUUGUAAGUUUUCUGCACAGUUAUUUAUUUGUGACAAGACCACGGAGAGUUUUGUUGCAUGGCACUUUAUUGUCUUUAUUGAAUUAAUGUUUGAUUUACUGUUUUAUUUUAACCAAAGUACUGCUCUGUGUCAUAUUUAAUGGGGAUAUGUGGCGACGGGUGGGACUAUUAUUUUAAAAAUGUAGAAAACUUAAAUGUAGAAAAUCGGACGAAAAGAUAAAUAAAACACUGAUGUUUGCAUGGUGAGAAUCAAGAGAGCGAUUGUCAUAUCCCUGAACAAAAAUGGGAAACAAAGAUUUUCAGAGGCUGAACUGUACAAAAUGUGGUUUUGCCACUUGCAAAGAUUAGUAAAAAUGACAGACUUUCAGAGUUAAGUUUCCCCCAAAAGUCAUUGACUUUUUACUGAUCCAUCAUAUUUAGAAAGAGAAAAGGGGAUUUUGCCUCAGUCAGUCCUUUUACUUGGGUAACUUCAUGUGCAACAAUGACUUCAUGGGUGAUUUCCACUUUCUAUUUUACCUUCAAAUAAAUAAAUACUUAAAUAAAAGCAAAGUAAAGCAUUUAUUUUGUCAGGUAGUGUUACAACACAGAUGGACAUAUUGCGGUUUAAAAACAUGGACCUUUAAUUGGUUUAGAGUGCGUUGCACCAUAUAGUGCCUCCUUUUCUUCACCCCAUUUUCUCAACGUUCUCCCUCAUAUUCUUAUAUAGCACUGCUGAAGCUAAUUGCAAGUGAUCAAAGUAAAGCCUUUAUGUGUAUUAAUGCUAUCACUAUGAUUUUUUUCCACUUUGGUUAUUUAUGUCAGUGUUUUUAGGGGGUGCAUAUUAUCAGAGAACCUCUGAACACUGUAAACGCUGUCAAUGUUGCCUUUAUUAGCACACUCAUUAGCUUUUGAACCACGUUGUAGCUUAAAUAUCUUUAAUGUAGAUGGAGGCUUAUGGCAGAAUGCGGGGCAGUAUGAUGAGCUGUCUGUUGAAAUUCGUAACUACAGACAGUUAAUUAGCUGUCUGUAGCUAGGAAUUUCAGAUCCAAAGACUCUUUAUUGUGGUUGUCACCUUGCUGUGUUGUACCAAGAUGGUCCAAAAUAUUACAUUGAAUGUGACAGUGAAGGAUAAAUUGUAGUGUAGAAAGAACAACAUAUUUGGUAAUAAAUGGAAAUAAAGCAUCUCUCUGAAUGAAGCUCUGGCCAGCCAGCCAAUUAGCCAUUCCAGUGUAGUUCUUCCUUUCCUUUUGUCCUGUCAGGGCCAGAUUGUUGGCAAACUUGACUUUUAGUUGGAAAAACAUAGACGCUGCGUGCAACAGGCCAGCCAACCUGUUAAGCAAUGCUGCGUAAGGCUGUUAAAGUCUAAGUCUGCUUGGUCCUGUUUCACAAUAUUGUAGGUUGCCACUGUACAUGCAGUCUAUGUGGCAUUAUAUUUUUUGGGACUUCUUGGUAUAACCAUCUUGCAUGGUUUUCUGUGUGUUGGCCGCUGAUUGAUGAAUUUGAUGGACAGUUCUGUUUA